GCCAGUCGCUCCCUCUGCUGUAAACAGACGGUGAGCUCAACUCCAGUUGGAUCCGACCAGAACCUGGACAAACUACCCCAAAAACAGCGAUGCACUGAGGGAGCAUCGACGGAGAACAAGGAGGGACCACGACCACUGCGUUUCCUUCAAAGUCACACAAGGUCCUCUCCUGUGUCCACAAUGACCCUCCUCGAGGACCCGGACAUGGGCAGCUUCGGCCCGGAGCUGCCGGCCAUGUUCGAUGGCGUGAAGCUGGCAGCGGUGGCAACUGUCCUCUACGUCAUCGUCCGCUGUCUGAACCUGAACAGUACCACAGCACCACCUGAGGUCGGCCACCAGGACACACCGCUCGGCCGCUACCUGUACAAAUCCUGCCCGUUGCUGACCAAAGAAUACAUUCCUCCCUUGUUGUGGGGUAAGAGUGGACAUCUCCAGACGGCCCUGUAUGGCAAGAUGGGGCGUGUCAACACUCCGACGCUCUACGGGUUCCGCAAGUUCCUCCCGAUGCCGGACGGGGCCACAGCCACCUUUGACCUCUUUGAAGCUCGCGGAGAUCACAGCACAGGAGAUGACGUUACCAUGGUAAUCUGCCCUGGGAUCGGUAACCAUAGCGAGAAGAACUACAUCCGUACCUUUGUGGAUCACUCCCAGCGGCAGGGUUACCGCUGCGCCGUCCUCAACCACCUGGGAGCCCUGCCCGACAUGGAGCUCACCUCGCCCCGCAUGUUCACCUACGGUUGUACCUGGGAGUAUGCCGCCAUGGUGGGCUACAUCAAACGAGCGUUUCCUGAGACGCUGCUGGUGGUUGUGGGCUUCAGCCUGGGGGGAAACAUCGUCUGUAAGUUCUUGGGUGAGAACCCAUCCAACCAGGACCGAGUGCUCUGCUGUGUCACCGUCUGUCAGGGUUACAGCGCCCUCAGAGUCCAGGAAACGUUCCUCCAGUGGGAUCAGUGCAGGAGACUCUACAACUUUAUGCUGGCGGACAGAAUGAAGACGCUCAUCCUGUCACACAGGAGCAGUUUGCUCGGCCUGAACGGCAGCAACAUUGGUGACGUGGACCUAAACAGACUUUACGCAGCCACGUCUCUGAUGCAGAUCGACGACAGCAUCAUGAGGAAAUUUCACGGCUACAGCUCCUUGAGUGAGUACUACGAGAAGGAGAGCUGUUUGAACUACAUCCACAAAGUCACUGUGCCUCUCUUCCUGCUGAACUCCUUAGACGACCCGCUCAUUCAUCCAUCGCUACUGGAAAUACCACGCGCACUCGCAGAAAAGAUGCCCAACGUGAUGUUCGCCCUGACCCAGCACGGAGGCCACCUGGGCUUCUUUGAGGGAGCCAUGCUGUUCCCUCAGCCCCUCACCUGGAUGGACAAGGUCAUAGUGGAGUACGCCGACGCUCUCUGCCAAUGGGAGAAGAACCGGCCGGCCUGUCAGAGGAGCAGCCACCAGGACAUGAACUCCUACCUGAAGAGAACAGGGGUAACAACCAGUGAGCAACAUAACCUUCAUAGAAGUCUGGAGACUAAACAACAGACCAAAACUACAGAAACAAGCUCCUCUGUUUGCUCUGCUUCAGCACUAACUUCCUCUAAUGUAGGAAGUCUCUAUAUCGGAUUGGAAAAGGCGAAGUUGGAGUGGACGUGCUAAAUUAUGUAUUGAAACUCGUGUAAGAUACCUGAAAAUGUAACGCGACCCCAUGUUGAAUUGGUCCUUCCUCUUGUUCCCAGUUAACCUCCAGUGAAACACGAGUUCACCCUCUGCUGGCUUUUGGCAGCUGCUGCUCCUUGAGUCUGGAAAGCAGGGUGAUAUAAUUAGUGGGGGGCGGUGGCAUCAGAGGAUGAAUGUGACCUCUGACCUGCAUGUAGUAAGAGAAAAAAGUUUAUUUUUCUACAUGAAUAACUACUGAAAAAUUCAUAUGUCAUCUCGCAUACAAAUAACACGACUAGAAUAACUGAAAUAUUUAUAAAAACUGGAAAUUUAACUCCUUAAACCUUUUAACCAUAAUAUACUUUAAAAUACAGCUGAAGAUCCAUCAGUUCUAUUUUAUUAUUUUAUAUUAAGUGCCUAAAUAUAAAUGUGAAUUUGUAACACAUUCAUUUGGCUUCUCAUGAAUCAUUGAGUAACUGCUAAUCAGCAGCAGUGUGACGUGAUUCAUGGCUGCUCAACAUCAACUUCUGUCGUGUUCAGUCAAACUGGAAAUUUAAUUUAAUUAAUAUUGAUAUAAUAUGUUUCCAUUAAGAGAAGUUUGAUGUUUUCAUUGCAAGAAAAAUGUGUUAAAUAACACCCAGUUUAGUUUAUGUUGUUGAGGCAUAAUUUUGCUCAGUUUGUCUCCAGUUUGUCUCUUUGUAUUUCCAUUGUGUACGGUGGACCACCAGCAGUUAUUGUUGCUGCUGACCUUCUGAAAAAGUCUCGGUUCAGGACAGAGCUGGGUCAAACUGUGUUUAUGACAAAAAGCAGAAAAGAGAGAUAAAGUGGGACUCAAACAGUGAGCGUAUUGGAUAAGAAAUCCUGUGGACUCUCAAUUCAUGCACUUACCAAGCAAAUGGACCAAAGCACUCUUCACUUUUCCAGAAAAAGUAUCUCAACGUUGAGCUUUUUUUUUUUUUGUUUUUUUUUAAAGAUUUUGCUGCCUUUUGGCCUCAUGUGACUCCUUUAAAACAGGCAUAUGGCUUUGGCUCAAACACAAUGGAAGUCUCAUAUUAGACACACAUCUCCUGUUAACUUUGAACAUGGGCUAAUUGAUACGUUUUGUAAAUUAUUGGGGUUUUUUUGGGGGGGUGUUAAGCUGCUUAUUGCUACAUACCGGAUGGGUGGAGUUUGUCACGUGAAGAGAGGAGAAAAGACGGCAGACGCAUGAAUCUGUCACACAAAACGUACCUCUGUUUCUGUCUAAUGAUACGGCAUAUUACUACGAGAACUGUACUUAUGAUUAUAAGUCUGAAAAAUGAACAAAGUAAGAGGUGGAGUUUGUGUGAAGAAAUCACUUGUGCUCUGCAGUUUGUUCUGGGCCUUUGGUGUGAAUGUUUGCUAUAUUAGUCAGUUUCCUGUGAGUAACAUCCUGUCUCCUGGAAAUACAUGCUGCAGACUCUUAUUAAGUCUUAUUAAUCAACAUAUCAACCAUCAGAUUUAAUGCAACUCUAAUUCUCUGCCUUUUUUUAAAGCAGACUGUCGCCUGUAUCAGCACCACUGUUGUGUGCGAUAUGUUUCGCCUGCACUUUACUGUCUUUAUAGUUUUUCUUUAUCAGCAUCUGGGUGUAACGUUUAUGAUCUAAUCUUAAUGGGUUUUGUGCACAGUCAUGACUGAUUAGUCAUAUUUAAACUCACCCAUGAAUAAAUGUUUUUCACAUAG